AUGCAGGAGAUGUUCCAUGUGCACUCUACGCUUCGCGAUCCGCGCGUUCAGCAGAGUGGCUAUGAGAUGUUCAAGCUGAAAAUGAUGCGGUCAAGCUUUCACUUGACUCAGACGCGGACCUGCCGAGAAAGGAUCCUCAUGGUGGUCAAUGGAAUUGCGAGUGUCAGCAUCAUGAUGAGCCUCAUCAUUCUAGGAUUUAGCAUGGACCUGCAGCCCGGGUGGGUUGGCUGGACCGUACUUGAAGUUAUUUUUGCGGUGGUUUUUGUCAUUGAGGUGGUCGUAAAGUUGGUGCUGCUCUCCCCACGAGUCUACUUCACUGGUACCAACUAUGCAUGGAAUAUUGGCGACCUGAUGCUGACGGGCGUUGCAGUGGUAGAUGUGAUCAUCAGUACCACUGCAUCCACAGCUGGCUCCGCAAGGAUGAGCAUGGUCUUGAGAGGCUUGCGCUUGUCUCGAGUAGCACGCCUCAUCAAGUUGAUGAACUUGCCCUUGCUUGCCGAGUUGGCCAAUAUGAUCUCAGCGAUGGUGAUAGGAGUUCCAUGGCUCUUUUGGGUCACCAUCCUGCUAAGUGGAGUACUCUACAUUUGUGGCAUUGUUCUGCGGAGCACGGUGAGCAAUGCGUCUGCUGAGAUGUCGGACAGGUGUGGAGAUCCAGAUCUCUUUCAGUUCAACCAUACUGGCGAAGAUGGUUGCAAUGUUGCCUACAUGUAUGGAGAAGAAUAUUGCGGAACUGUCUUGAAGUGCAUGUUCACGGUCUUCCGAUGCAUCAUUGGUGAUUGCAAUACUAAGGGUGGGCGGCCACUGGCAGCCAUAUUCAGCUAUUUUUAUGGUUGGAGGUUUGAAUGGUUCUACGGGCUCAGCAUGGUUUGUAUGAUCUUUGGAAUGACCAACAUCAUCACAGCCAUGUUCGUGGAUGCGACCCUGUCUGGCCUCAAGUACAAUGAUGUGCAGAGAAAGCACGCCAAAUUGCACGAGACCAACUACGUGACGCGGAAGCUGAACGACUUAGUCGUUCGAGUUGCCAAGACUGUGAGGGAAAUGCGAGAAGCUGAUAUCGACGACGAGCCGCGCAAUAGCAAGGGCAAUUGGUCCUUCAAAAAGACCUUUCUGCGAUCUGGCUCAAUGAAAGUCAGUGAAGCUGCAGAAGAGGAAUUGACAUUGUCGGAGCAGGAAUUCUCGCAAGAUCUGGACAUUGAGCUAGAAGCACGCCCGGGAAUUUUCGAAGCCUUUGGUGCAGAUGCAGAUGGCCAGUUGAGUGUCUCUGAGCUCGUGUCUCUUGGCUAA